UGCUCCGAUAUCGCAGAGAUAGCCCGUUUGCCCGUUUGCCCGUUGCCCAUUGCCCGUUGUCGGUUGUCGGUUGUUGGUUGUCAGUUGCAUUGCCCGCCCCAUUGUAGUGCUGCCAAUGCACACGCCCCACUAAAAAUAAUACACACACAUACACACAUAGUCACACUCACACUCACACACAGCACACGGCACACCAACAAAAUGAAAGCAAAAGUUGGCAGCCCAAAGUGCCAGAGCGAACUGAACAAAGCUUCCUGUGGCCGGCGCGCAAUCCUGUGCGGAAAAGCUUUCGCGUCGCGUCUAACAAAGGCCACUGCGCGCGCCUCUUGCGCUCUCGCUCUCCCUUGUGCCGGCUGCCUGGCAAUUAAAAAUGUCACUCUGCAUGGGAAUGCGACGCUGCUUGCUUGCUUGCUUUUUGGUGGGCGGCACUGGAAAGCCAGCCAGCCGUCGAGCCCAAUAGAGCGCAAGUCGACUUCCAGUUACGUGUGCUCUCAGCGGCCAUCUCGCUUGCGCGCGCUACCUUCAAAUAGUCGCACGCAUGCCGUCUCGUUUGCGCGCAUGGCGUAUUGGAAGACACGGGUUGAAAACUGGUUUCGCCGCGCGAGCCCAAUACAGCUGUGCGUGUAUGCCUGUGUGUGCCUGUGUGUGUGUGUGUGUGUGUGUGUGUGUGCGUGUCGUUGUCGUCGUUGUCGGCCGCCGUCGAGAGCGCCGUCUACGUAGCGCCGCUGGCCGCUGCAUGACGUUAGUUCACUUCGAUAGCUCUACGAGUUUGCACGUGAAUUUGUCCCAUAGACUCGACUCUCCUCAGCAGUGUGUGUCUGGGCGCCCGUCUCUCUGUGUGUAUUUCAUAUUAUUAUUAUUAUUGUUGUUAUGUGCGCUGUGUGGCUGAUCCGAAUCCGACAAAAAUCUCAAUCACAAUUCUGAAUGCCGAAUCUCGUCUCGCAUCUGAAUCUGUAUCAAGCUCUUCUCGAUCCAGUUGAAGAUGAUGUGUUUGUGACUUGACAACGAUAACAACAAUUAUACGAAAAAAAAAUAAACAACAACAACAAAAGCAACAGAAACAACAACAGCAGCAGCAACAAAUAUAACGUAAAUUCAACAACGAAAUACGCAAAAUAUUGUCCAAGUGCCAAGUGUUAAAAAAAGCAACAAAGUGCAACAAUUACAAGAAGAAGCAGAAAACAAAAAAAUAAAUCACACAAUUAAAUAAAAUAUAUACGAAAGCCAAAUCGAAAGUAAAUUUUUUGAUAAACUGCGCAAUUUUUACGAAAUAUCCACACAACAAUUUUGCCGUGCAACAUUUUUGUCGUCGUCGGGCCGUCGGUGACGAAACUUGUUGACUGUGUGUGUGUGUGUUGCGUGUGUGAGCGUGUGCGCGGUUGUGUGUUGAGUGUGUGCUGCGUGUGUGUGCGAGUCGCGCGAUCGGCCGCCACGCCCACAUAUUUACGUCGCCACGUUGCCAGUAAAAGACUUCAAGACGGUUGCCUCACGGUUCGAGUGGAAUGAGCAUAGGGACUCAGGUCUUCCUUUCGAUCGAUCGGUCUACAAAGUCGUUAAACUGAGCCCCAACUUGGAGCCCUACCCCGCCAGCGUGGAGGGCCUGAACAGCCCCAGAGCGGUGGGGAUGGCCGCUACCUCCUACAUGACGCCGCCCAGCGGCGAUCUCGACAUGGCGCUGGGCGGCGGCGGCGGUGGCUAUCACACAUCCUCGCCCCGAUCUGCCGCCGAUGCCGGUGAGAUGAAGUACAUGCAGCAUCAUCAUCAUCAUCAUGCGGCCGUUGCUGCGGCCGCCGCCUCGGCAUCGCACCACCAGCAGCAGCUGCCGUCGUCGCCAUCGCCCAACGGACAGGUGCAGGGCGGCGGGCAGGGCAACAGUUUGGGCGGCCUGACGCCCGGCUCGGGCCUGGGCAGCUGGAGCGCCUUGCAUCCGGAUCCGUGGUCGCUGCCCACACAUCAUACGACGCAUCAUCAUCCCGCCGCCGCCGCUGCCGCAGCCGUUGACUCCGUCAAGCAGGAGAUGUCACAUCUGACGCAGCAGACGCGCAUUCAACAGGGCAUGGCCUCGCCGCACGCGGCCGCUGCGUGGCAUGCCCCGCAUGCGGGUCACUAUGCACCCACCGGCGGAUCGCCGCUGCAGUAUCAUCAUGCGGCCAUGAACGGCAUGCUGCAUCAUCAUCCGGCCCAUCAUGCGGCGCAGGUGGCGCCACUGCAUCAUGCGCUGCGCGGCGAGUCGCCGCAGCUGCACAUACACGCCCAUCACAUGGGCGGCGGUGGCGGCGAUCGCGACGCGAUCAGCGGCGGUGAGGAGGACACGCCCACAUCCGACGACCUGGAGGCAUUUGCCAAGCAGUUCAAGCAGCGACGCAUCAAGCUCGGCUUCACCCAGGCGGACGUCGGCCUGGCCCUGGGCACCCUGUACGGCAACGUCUUCUCGCAGACGACCAUCUGCCGGUUCGAGGCUCUACAGUUAAGUUUUAAGAACAUGUGCAAGCUGAAGCCGCUGCUCCAGAAAUGGCUCGAGGAGGCGGACUCCACCACCGGCUCGCCGACGAGCAUUGACAAGAUCGCCGCACAGGGACGCAAGCGCAAGAAACGCACCAGCAUCGAGGUGAGCGUUAAGGGUGCGCUAGAGCAGCAUUUCCACAAGCAGCCAAAGCCCUCGGCGCAGGAGAUCACAUCGCUGGCGGACUCGCUGCAGCUGGAGAAGGAGGUGGUGCGCGUGUGGUUCUGCAAUCGCCGCCAGAAGGAGAAGCGCAUGACGCCGCCGAACACGCUCGGCGGCGAUAUGAUGGACGGCAUGCCACCGGGCCAUAUGCAUCACGGUGGCUAUCACUCCCACCACGACAUGCACGGCAGUCCCAUGGGCAACCAUUCGCACAGCCACAGCCCGCCCAUGCUGAGCCCCCAGAACAUGCAGUCGGCGCAUCAAUUGGCGGCUCACUAGCAAUCAGAAAUCCAGGAGUCGAACUCAGCUGCAGCUGCGUCCACUCCUGCCAACAGUCUGCACCAGCAACAACAGCAACAGCAGCAACACCAACAGCAACAACAACAGCAACACCAACAACAACAGCAACAGCAGCAACAGCAGCAGCAGCAGCAACAACAGCAGCAGCAGCUCACGCCCAAUACGCCCUCUUCUAGUGCGGGCUCCUCGGUGACGAUGACUAGUCAGGGUCAGGUGAUGUCGCCGCAAAGCCCCUUGGGCAGCUCCUCAGCUGGUGGUCAGACGAAUAAUAAUAACAACAACAACAAUAGCAGCACCAACAAUAACAACAACAACAACAACGAGGAGCAAGUGAAGCAACAACAACAGCAACAACAACAGCAGGCAUCCAGCAUAGCAGCCGCUGCAGCAGCUGCCAUGUACAUGGAUCCCAUGCGCUACCAACACGCGCACCAUGCCCAUCAUCCGCACCAGCAUCCGCAUCUGAAUCCCGCGCAUCAUCCGCACCUAUUCCAUACCAGCGAUCAGCUGCAGCAUCCGCACGCCCAGCAUCUGCAGUCGCAGCAGACGGGCGGCAGCAGCAGCUCUCAGCUCUCGCCAGGAGCGGGCAGCAAUAGCGGGCUGCCCCUGCAGCCGCCCAGUGCCGCCUCGCCGGGCUCGGCGUCCAGUGUGCUGGGCGGACAUCUCAAUCUGAAUGCCCAUUCGGCGGCGGCGCUGCACCAGCAUCAUCAUUACCAGCACCAUCAUCACCAGCAGCACCAUCAUCAUCAGCAGCAGCAGCAGCAGCUGCACGCCCGUCGCCUCUUCGAGCUGAGUCUGCAGUUUGGUGCUGCCGCCGCGCCGGGUGCAGUGCGUCAUUUCAAUAGCUUUGGUGGCGGCGGUGCGGGCGGUGAAUAGCAUUCGUCGGCCGCCUGGUUUGGCUACGAGUCCUCCUAGGACACAAUGCCAGACGGGUGGCCGGAAUGCAAGCGCGAGCAGCCCUAAAAGCGACCACAACCUCGUCCUCGUCCUCGUCCUCGUCGUUGUCGUCGUCCAAGGGCUGCUCCACACACGCCACACUUUUACCAGUGCAUUAAUCUGUGUUACAACUUGAACUAAGUAGUAGUUAGGGCAGUGGAUCGAUCGGUUAGUUGAAUACUCUUCUAUAUACAUAUAUAUCCACAUAUAUACAUAUAUAUAUAUAUACAGCCUGGCACCGCCGCCUGCCGCCUCUGCCUGUCGUUUCUUUUUUAUAUACAUACAUUUAUUUUUGUUUCCAAACUUUCAAAGUUUCAAAAACUUUCUAAAACUCGAUGUAAAAAUUUAAACAAAACAAAAAAAACACGCAAUUCAAAUCAAACGUGAAACCAAGUGAUGUUGUUUUUAAAUCUAAAUUAAAUAAAACAAAAAAGAAAACGAAUUAAAAUCGAAUCGAAUCGAAUCGGAUCGAAUCGUAUAUCGAUAACUAGCUAAAGUGCGACAAGUGUUGGGAAAUGCGCGAAAACACUUAAAAAACAACAGCUGCAUUCCAUCAAGCAAGGUAAAUCUUACAACCAUAUGACCACCAACCACGCCCCCGCCCCCCUGCCCCUAGCUAACGUUUCGCAACACUUUGUCGCCCGUGUGGGUUAAGAGAUUUAGCAAAAAAAAAAAAAAAACAAAAAAACAAAAGAAUAAUAAAAAAUUAAUUUUUAAGCCAAUGUAAUGAAUAUAAUUAAUAAAUAUUGUAGCGCUCAAGUGGUUCAAGCCGCCACCGCAGACUCUAAUGACUCGGUUCUAGCUAGGGUUAUAGGUUAUACACACACACACACACACACACAUAGCCAGUAGAUUGUACUCUAUAUAAAUAUAUAUAUAUAUGACAAAAGUUAAAAAACAUAAAAACAAAACUUAGAAUUUAGUCAAGAAUACAAAAAGUAAAUGAGAAGAGAAGCAAACAUUCUGUAAAUAAAACUACAGUUAAGUCAUAUUUUUAGCUUUAAAUGCAAUUGUAGAUUUUUUAAUAAACAAAAAACAUAAACAAAAAUACAAUUAAAAGAAAUAAUAUGGAAGUGACAAACAAAACAAAAAGAAAAAAAAAAACAACCUAAAUGAAGCGAAAAUCAUGAAAUAAACAUAAAUUGUAAUUUCUAGGCGCUAAUUUUAUGAAUAGGCACAAGAAGUUUAGUUACUUAGUACUGUACUUUCUAUAUAAGCAAAUCGAAAAUACACACACCUACACACAACCACACACACUCACAAACACACACACACAUAUAGCUAAAUCUUAAAAUUUAAACGAAAAAUAAUCAAGUACACGAAACAAAAGCUAAAUUGUAAAAUAUAUAAUUGAUGUAAAUUUGAAAAAAAGUCCAAAAAAC